GUCGGCUUCAGCGAGAUCUGUUGCCGUUACCAUACCCUUCUAUCACCAGGUCCCAGAUCGCCCAGCAGGGCGAGGACCCCUUGAGCGACAAGGAGUGGGAAGGACUACGCUGCAGGCUGGUGGUCACUGUCCUGGCGCUGAACUGGGAGGCUGGGUUCCGCUCCCUGAAGCUGGCCAGGCCCUGCCGAGGUCGGGCCAACGCCGCGCAGCAGGCAGCCCUGGCCGCUCUCGGCCGCCGCCUCCUCUUGGCUACGCGGGCCGAGUCGGCUUUGCCGCCAGAUCUUGACUGGAACGUGCGCCUGAAGGAUCGCAGGAUCGGCUGCGGCGGGGGCGAGAUCUCGGCGCCGCAUCGGCUGACGCUGGAGCAGGCGGCCGACCUCGCGGCGGGGUUCGUGCGUGAGGCCCUCCUGGACCCGACGCUGGUGCUGCUGCCCGCUGCCCUACGGCGGCCCGCGCCGACGUCUGCGCGCGUGUGGGCCUCGCUCGAGGAGUGGCAUCGGAUCGUGCGGGCGCUCCACGAGCGCGGGAUGGCGGCGGCGAUCCCGAGCAGCAAGAUCGCCUGUCGCGACGGGGCCCCGCUCCUGAACGGGGCUUUCGGGGUGCCCAAGCCUCACGACGAGCCCGUGGUCUGCAGCGACGGCGAGCGCAGGCCGGUCCUGAGGCUGAUCACCAACCUUAUCCCGUCGAACGCGUGCCAGGAGUGCAUCGUGGGAGACACCCCUGAGAUGCCGACCAUGAGCCAGCUGAACGGCCUGGUGCUGACCGAGUCGGAGGACCUGCUGUGGAGCGGCGCGGACAGGAAGGCCUUCUUCUACGUCUUCCGCGCGCCGCCUGCGUGGUGGCCUUACAUGGUGAUAGGCCCGCCCGCCCCCUCGGAGUUGCUCGGCCUGAAGGACGGCGGGACCACGCACAUCUGCUUGCGGGUGAUCGGCAUGGGCUGGAUCAGUGCCGUGGGCGCGACGACCCACCUCCACCGGAACAUGCUGCGGCGGAGCGCCUCUGUCCCUCGCGGCCUGCCGCCCAGCGAGGAGAUCACCCGGCGCCGACGCCUGCCGUUCAGCGUGGAGAAGCCGUGCCCUCCGGCGUGGAUGGUCUACAUUGACAACCUGGAGGUCGCGGAGGUCGUGAGCAAGUCCGAGGCCGCGACGCUGCGAGGGGCGGUGCCCGAGCUCAUCUCCGAGGCUCGCGCCUGCUACGCGGCUGCAGGCUCCCCGGGGUCGUCGUCCAAGGACAUCCAUCGGGUGCCGCGGGCGACGACGUUAGGGGAGCUCGUCGACGGGGUCGAGGGCGUUCGGCGGCCCCCUGCGGGCUACCUGACCGAGAUGGCCAGCCUCGCGCUGUGGACGCUGAGCAAGAGGCGGGCCAGCAUGCGGCUGGUGCGCAUUCUGCUGGGCCGCUGGGUUCGUGUUCACUGCUUUCGGCGUCCGCUGGCGGCCAGCUUUGCCUACACCUGGAAGUGGCUCGCGAACCCGCGCACUGGCGGCCGCUUCAGCGUGAGCGUGGUCGAGGACCUCUUGAUGUGCCUUGCGCUGUCAGGGCUCUGCGUCGCUGACCUGCGCCUCGAGGUCGACCCCCUGGUGACCGCGUCGGAUGCCUCGGAGGCCGCUGGCGCCGUGGUCUACGGCUACGCCCUCUCCGACCGUGGGCGCGCGCUGGCCGAGAGGCGGCAGCGGCCCGCGAACGCCGCCUGCGAGGAGGAAACCGGCCUCGUGACUGUCUUCGACGGGAUCGGCGGCGGGCGCCGGGCUUUCGAGAUCCUCGGACUGGUCCCUGCCGUGCACCUGUCGUUCGAGGUUGACCCCACGGCGGUGCGCGUGGCCCGGCGCAGCUACCCCAGCACGCAGCACUUGGGGGACGUGACGGAAGCGGACCCGGUGGCCCUGGCAGCCCUGCUGCGCGCCCGAGGCCGCGUGUCGCGAGUGCUGGUGGUGGGCGGCUUCCCGUGCCAGGUCUUCGCGGGUCUCAACGUCGCUCGGCAGGGCUUCGGCGACCCGCGCGCGGGCCUGGUUGACCACAUGGUGCGGAUCGUGGACGGGCUGCGAACGGCCAUGCCUGAGGCGUCAAUCGACUUCCUCGGGGAGAACGUCGCGUCGAUGCCCAAGUGCGACGUGCUGCGCCUGAACCAGCUCUUCGGCCGCGUCCCGCUGGAGAUCGAGGCUGGCGAUGUCGGCUGGGUCAGACGUCCGCGGCUCUACUGGGCCUCGUGGGACCUCCUGCCGCCCUUCGAGGCUGAGCCGGUCGUGGUGCGGGCCAAGACCCAGGACGUGCGGCGCGCCUGCAAGGUAGCGCUGAAGACGGAGCGGCCGCCGCUCGAGGAGUGGCUCCCGGCCGGGGCUGUGUGUCCAGGUCCCGCUGCGGGGGAGCCGCUGCCGACCUUCGUGCGCUGGACGCCGCGCUCGCAGCCACGCCCCAGGCCUGCGGGCAUCGGGGAGUGCAGCGCUGCUGAGCUGGCGCGCUGGGAGGCGGCGGGCUUCGCUUCGCCGCCCUACCAGUUCCGUGACAAGUGGUGCAUCCAUCGGUCGGACGGCCGCGUGGAGCCGCCUGACGCGACCAUGCGGGAGAAGUUGAUGGCCUUUCCGGAGGGCCACACCGUGCCGUGCAUGACGAGCAGCGAGGCGAAGGCCGAGCCCGCCAAGUACGAGGCGCUUCGGCGGUCGCUCGUGGGCAUCUCAUUCCAGUGCGAAGUGGCGGCCUGGAUCAUCAGCCACUGGGCCGUCGGAGCUGGGCUGCUGGUCUCAGUGCCCUCGCUAGGUGAGCUGCACGAGAGUGCGCGAGCCUGGGCUGGUGGCAGGAAGCUGUGGGCCGGCGAUGUGACGUCGCUGCGGUGCGGUCGCUCCGAGAUCGACGAGGACCUGCACGCCAAGCUGGACCAGGCUGGCGGCCCCAUCUACGUGGGUCGUGGGUCUCGCCGGUGGGGCCUGGCUGCCUCGCGGUGGGGCAACCCCUUCACGAUCAGCCCCGAGCGGUCACGCGAGGACGCAGUUGCCCUGUUCGCGGGCUGGAUCCGCACGCAGCCGGCCCUCCUGCAGAGCUUGGAGACGCUGCGCGGGGCCCUGCUGGUCUGCCACUGUGGGCCCGGCCAGGCGUGCCAUGCGGACAUCCUCUUGGCGGAGUUGGCGAAGCGUGACGUGGUGGAGUGGCGCGAGUUGGACACGUCCAGACGCAUCGUCAUGGGGCUCGUCAUGGCGUGCCACAACAACGGAGCAGACAUCAGGACCGAUGGCGCCUCGGAGGCGCUCGGCAAGAUCUUCCCGCGGCAGGAGAUCGACUCAGGUAUUUGGCAGUGGCGCAAGGCAAGGCAGCUAGUGUGGGAUGCAGCGGAGCACAUCAACGUUCUUGAGUGCCAGGGCGCGCUGAUGAUGAUUCGUUGGCGGGCGCGGUCGGUGCGCCGCCACCAGUGCGUCUUCCUGCACCUGCUCGACAGCAUGGUCAACUUCGGUGCGCUGUCCAAGCGCCGCUCCAGCAGUCCUCAGCUCAAUAAGGUGGUGCGGACCUUCUCGGCGUGGGAGCUUGCGAUGGGCGCGCGGGCGGUCUUCGGCUUCACGUCGUCGGCCCGCAACCCCGCGGACGCCCCCUCGCGCCUCCGCGAUGUGGAAGCGGAAGCUGGACUGGGGAAGCUGAGAGACGCCAGGAUAAAGGCCUCGACACUGGCCCGCUACCGUGGCGCAGCUCAGCGUUUUGUUGACUACCUUGCUGCCAAUAACCUGCCGCUGCCGUUCGCCUGGGACGAUAUUGACAUCUGCCUGCAAGAUUACCUUGAACACUUAUGGGCCGAGGGGGCCGCAAAAGGAGAAGCUAAUGACACCCUCAGCGGCGUGCAGCACCUGCUAAGGACACGGCGCCGCUAUCCUGGAGCUUGGCAGCUGCCGACGGUCUGGGGGAAACUGGAGAUCCCUCAGCGCGCGCCGCCGAUGCCUGCCCAGGUCUGCACGGCGCUCGCCGGUUGGGCGCUCAGCCGCGGAGAGGUGGCCUUUGCGGCCGUGCUGCUUGUGGCCUUCCACCUCUGUCUCCGCACUGGCGAGGCUUUGGGGCUGAGCGGCGGCGUCAUCUUUCUGAAGCCCUGUGGCCGAGGCGCGGUGUCGCUGCCCUGGACCAAGACUUCUUGCCAGAAGGGCGCGCGGGAGCAGGUCACGCUUGAUCACCCGCUGGUUGGCGCAGUCGUCCACAUGCAGCUGCAGCGUGACAGCCGGCUCUGGCCCGGCACGACGCGCGCCUUCCAUGACUUGUUCCGUGCUGGGCCCCAGCAGAUCGGUUGCAAGCGCCUCGCCCUGUCACCUUACAGCCUGAGGCGCGGGGGCGCCACGCGCGAGUUCCUGCUGUCGGGCGACUUGUCUAAGGUCAUGCUGCGAGGACGCUGGAGCUCGGCAAGAUCGGCAAAGAUAUACAUCCAAGACGGGGCUGCCAUCAUCGCCGAGAUGAAGCUCCAGGAUCGUACCCGUUCGACGCUCCAGCAGUUCUCUAAUGCGCUAUUCGCUCGAGUCCGAGCGUUUUGCAGCCCGUGA